AUGUUCCCGCACGCAGAAUGCAAUAAAUUCUACCAUUGCGCCCAUGGAAGAACAUUCAUCAAAAACUGCCCAAGCGGAACAGUUUUUGACCCGAAGCUCCAAAUCUGCAACUGGCCACAUGCGGUCGAUUGUCCCAAAACAACAACGACAACGACCACCACCACAACAACAGCAAAAGCAACAACAACGACAUUGAAUCUCAUUCAAAUCCUGCAAAAUCAACGAGCGAUGCUUCUGGACGUUCAGGAAAUCCAAGAGAUUGAAAAAAUUGAGGAAGAUGAGGGAGAAGAAGAAGAAAAUGAAGUUAAGAGAAUCGUCCGACGAAUCUAUGACAAGGCUACUGGCACUGUGAAGAAGAUCGUGAAGCGAAUCGGAUAG